AUGGAGAGUGCAUCGCCAGUAGCAAUCGCUGAUGCCGAUCCUAUGAGUGUACGCGCUUUGAAGGACAUCACGUUCGGCAGUAUUGCUGGGAUGGUGUCGAAACUCUUUGAACAUCCGUUCGACCUGACGAAGGUCCGUCUCCAGUCGCAAGUUUUGGAUGCAACGGCUCGCUUCAAGGGCCCUAUAGACUGCCUUACGCAAACAUGGAAAAAGGAAGGAAUACGUGGACUAUAUAGAGGACUGCCUGCUCCCGUUGUAGGAGCAAUGGCGGAGAAUGCAACGCUGUUCUGGUCAUAUACAGAACUUCAGAACGCGAUACGGUUUUUCAGCAAACAACCGGCAUCGCAGGGCCUGUCGCUGGACCAGUUUGCGGUGGCUGGGGCGGGGGCAGGCUUUGUGACGAGUUUCGUCCUCACGCCAAUCGAGUUGGUCAAGUGCAAGAUGCAGGUACAGAUGCUCAUGGCACCCGGUGUUUCUCUCGCGCAGGCCGCAGGGGCACCCUCUCCUGCCUCCUCAUCAGCCGCACUUCCACAUUCGUCCCUUAGCACGCCAGGAUCUUCCCUGCCACACAAGCUACCAGGCCCCAUCGCUGUCCUCACCUCCGUCAUCCGCACGUACGGAUUUCGCGGGCUCUGGCUCGGGCAAACUGCCACCAUGAUACGUGAAACCGGAGGUGGUGCAGCGUGGUUCGCCUCGAAAGAGGCCGUCGCGACACUAUUACUGAAACGCCGGCACGUCAAGGACAAGAAAGAGCUGCAAGCAUGGGAAUCUGCGGUCUCUGGCGCAUGUGCGGGCGUCGCAUACAACGUAGCCCUGUUCCCUGCGGAUACUGUCAAGAGCGCGAUCCAGACGGAGGCUGAGCUGCGCCCGCGGGCUGCAGGCGAGCCUGCACCUACUUUCCUCAGCACAUUCAGGGUGAUGUACCGUGCGCAAGGGAUCCGCGGGCUAUAUGCGGGGUGUGGAAUCACUGUGGCGAGGGCGGUCCCUAGCAGUGCGAUUAUCUUCUUGAUCUAUGAUGGUUUGAGUAGGAGAUUUGGAUAA